AUGGAAGAGAACGAGGAGAGUGAAGAAGUGGAGGAGAAACCUCAUGUCAAACCUGAAGAGAAACCUCUGAACCAUAAAGAAGAGAACGAGGAGAGUGAAGAACUGAGUGAAGUGGAGGAGAAACAUCAUGUCAAACCCGAAGAGAAACCUCUGAGUGGCUUGCAAACUAAAAAGAAAUUCUUAAAGGAAAGAGGACCUGAGAAAUCUUUCACCUGCACUCAAUGUGGAAAGAGUGUCACAUGCAAACACAGUCUUGAGAUUCACAUGAGAAUCCAUGCGGGAGAAAAACCACACACGUGUGAUCAGUGUGGAAAGAGUUUCACUUAUUCAUCAAACCUUAAAGUACACAUGGGGAUCCACACCGGAGAAAAGUCAUACGCAUAUUAUCAGUGUGGCAGAACAUUUCAUGAACCAUCAUCCCUGAAGAGACAUCUGGCAGUGGCGGGAAUGCACCUUGUUGGUUGUUUGCCAACCGCCAUAAAAAGCCAGAAGAAGAAGAAGAACCCCUUUGGCUGUUCCGAAUGCCAACGGUAG